AUGGUAUUAUCAUCAAACUGGUUGGAGCUCCAACAAUCCAAGAAAGUUGUAGUGGCAAAAAAGAAGAAGAAUCCAAGCAAAAAGGUGGGAAAAAUACAGAAGCAUGUAAAAGUAGAAAAGCCUAAUAGUAAGAUUAUGGAUAUGGUGUAUUCCAUGACUAGAACUAUCAAAACGCAAGAACUGAGAAAAAAAGAGGGGCAGGUUUUCGAAUUUAGGGAUGAAGUUUCUGCUGAAGUAGAUACUCACUCGGCUGGCAAAAGUCUGGACGAACUCGAUAAGUCCUUGGGGUCCGGCAAUAAGAAAGCAAAAGAAAUAGGUAAAUAUGUGGCUAUGGAUUGUGAGUUCGUUGGUGUCGGGCCAGAAGGUAAGGAGUCUGCUCUGGCAAGAAUAUCUUUAACUAAUUACUUUGGACAUGUGAUAAUGGAUGAGUAUGUCAAACCUAGAGAGAAAAUCACAGAUUGGAGAACAUGGGUCAGUGGUAUCAAGCCUGAACAUAUGAAGAAUGCUAUAACUUUCAAAGAAGCGCAAAAGAGAUGUACUGACAUUUUAAAAGGCAGGAUAUUAGUCGGCCAUGCAGUAAAGCACGAUCUGGAGGCUUUAUUCUUAUCUCACCCAAACUCGAUGACUAGAGAUACUUCAAGACAUAUACCGUUCAGACAAGCAUAUGCCAAAGGGAAACCACCAAGUCUUAAAAAACUUGCAAAAGAAGUUUUAAAACUAGAUAUUCAAGGAGGUGAGCACUCUUCUGUAGAGGAUUCAAGAGCUACCAUGUUGAUAUAUAAAUCUGCUAGGAAGGAGUUCGAAAGAUUGCAUAAGGCUAAAUUUAGCAAAGCAUAA